AUGGAGCGCGCAGCACCUCUCGUCUUCUCCCUGCUCUGUGCGGCGUUCUUCUUUGGCUCCGCCGCGUCUGCUUCAAUCUUCCCGCCAUUCCUCGCACACCUCGGCAGCCCUCCAGGCGCGGCGUCUGCCGCUCAGGCCGUCAAGCCCUUGUAUUGGAAAGGGAAGACCGUGAUCAAGUACGUGGCAAAAAUGCCUCCCACUAAGCAAAACGGCAAGGUGGUUGGCGACAAAGGCGCGUGGGGGAGAUAUGUCAUCAAGGUGGUCAGGUACUCAGCAACAACAUACUAUGCCACGUAUGACGCUUUCAUCAUGAGCAUCAAAUCGGGAGGCAAGGAGCCUUACCAAGGCACGGGGGCGUCGUGCGCGGGCGACGUGACGCAGGGCGGUGGCCAGUGGACCAACAUCACAAGUGACAAGAACGGCCGCCUCAAGCGCUACAGCUUCACGUCCCACCUCAGUUUUGGACCAAAGUCCCUGGCUGAAAUGAAGACCAUGAUUGCUCUGGGACUUAAGCAAGCCGGAGGCCCUUACAUAAAGAUUGGGCAUGAGAAGAACCCGCACGCGAUCUGCGGGAAGCUCAAGAAGGUGAAGGGUUAG